AUGAACUCUCACGGAGAACCGUCCUGUGACCAGCUCUACCACUCCAACCGCAACGUGAUGCAGCAGCGACACCAAGAUAUGGUGAAUCGAGAGACAGUCUUACACGCGCCUCCACGAAGCAUCUUUGGAAGCGGAAGCGCUCCGUCUAGAGAACACCAAGCUCCGAUCUUUGAACCUCCACCUCAAGAAAGAGCUAGACCAACUCAUCCAAUCAUCUCUCCGCAACCGCCUCAGCUACGACAAGGCUCCGCUUCGCAAUCUUUUCGUCGGAGAGAGGGAAUAACGAGAAUCAAUAGGUUGCUUUUAGUUUAA